AGAGUCCGAUGCGCCGACGUUAGCGAGCAGUACUGUGCGCUUUCAUUGGUCAAUGAAGUCUGGCAUUAAAAGGUUCUAAAAAGAGAUUGGUUACAUACGCGGAAGGCUUUAUGGGAGCGUGUCAUUGUAGUUUAUUACAAAUUCUGUAACCGAGCAUUGAACCGGUUUACAUACUACAACUCCCAACUACCAUUGGCCUUCACAACGCGAUCUGUCAAGCACUAGGCUACGGAAGGUCAGACGCGUGGUUAAAAGCAUUAGUUGUUGUUUUGAGGCCAAAAGAGAAAUCUGUAAACGGAUAUUAACAUCUCUUUGCUAUUAUAUUGAAUUUUUCUAAACAAAAUCAUGCAUUCAGUGAAUUAACGAAGUACAGUAGCUAAAUAGAGGCAGCAUAGCUUCCUGUCCACUAGCUUUUAUUUAGAAAAAAAAGCGAAAAUUUCUACCGCAAUGCUCAAGAGCCUCUUUAGACUUCAGAGUCAUUGUCUCAGUAGGAUAAACCCUACAGCUCAGAAGUCAUGGUUUCAUCUAAAAUACUCCACAGCAGCGGCAGCAGAGAGAAAAAGGUUUUAUCAAGAUGUCAGCAUCACUCAAGGGGAAGGUGGUUUAUAUGAGAUCAAUCUAGACAGACGGAAACUGAAAACCCCUGGAGGGAAACUCUUCACUGUUCCAAAUGAAGCCCUGGCUAUAGCUGUGGCAACUGAGUGGGGAGCUCAAAGAGAGACACUCAAGUUCUACACCAUGCACCUGACAACACUGUGCAACACAGUUUUGGACAAUCCAACCCAGAGGAACGAAGAGCAGAUGAUCAAUGCUGCACUGAAGUUCCUGGAGACUGACACUGUCUGUUACAGAGUAGAUGAACCACAAGCAUUGGUUGAGCUACAGAUGAAUGAGUGGGAUCCAGUGCUGAGCUGGAUUGAAAACAGAUACAAUGUUGUUAUUGGCUCAUCAUCCAGUAUUUUGGGUCCAGAGAUCCCCCAAGCAACCAAAGACACAUUCAGACAACACCUAAAGUCAUACAACUUCUGGUCCCUCACAGGACUGGAAUAUGUGAUCACACAGCUGAAGUCUGUCGUUCUGUCCAUGGCCAUGAUUGACAGACACCUAAGUGUGGAACAGGCUGUGUUUCUCUCCAGACUGGAGGAAGAAUAUCAGAUUCAGAGCUGGGGAAACGUAGAGUGGGCCCACGACUAUGACAUGUAUGAGCUAAGGGCACGGACAGCAGCCGGAGCUCUGUUUGUUCAACUGUCAUCCGAGAUCUCAACGGUCAAAAAAAAACUUCUGCAGGACUAAACCUACCAGAAUAUCCAUCCUCAAACUGAAAAGACAUUGAUUGCAGAUGAUUUUAGUCAUCCGGUUUGCUCUCAUUAACAGCAAGCCAGCUGCCAGGAGUGACUACCCUUACAGUUAGUUUCUUCUCUGUCAUCUGUGAUCAUUUGGCCGCUGGUAAUGACUGUUUCUGGUUAAUGGUAGAAUCUUUAUUCCAUUUCCAAUUUUGUGCGUAUCGAGAUUUCCCGAAUAAUAACUACCACCAUUCAUUGCUGACUGUUGUGUGAAUGUGACUCAUUUUAAAUAAAAUGUCACGAUUGUCAUAAAAAA